AGUAAGGUGACAUGGGCGCUUCUCUCCACCGUCUCUGAGCCGCCGCCGCCGCUGCCGCUGCAUGGCAUUAAUAGAUGGAGAUAUGUGCAGGAGAGCAGGUUUGCAUGCACUUGAAUGAUCUCCCGUGCAUUAGUGCUGCAGCUCCUCCGCUCUCCUCCUCUCCUGCCUGCAGCCGGUGUCGGAUCGCCGGCAGCUCGGCUCCUCUGCAGGGCUGCGCAGCUCCUGACUGACAGAGAGAUGAGGGGUGGGGACGCAGGGUGGGGUCACAAGCAGGGAGAGGCGGAGGAGGAAAAGGCAGAGAGAGAGAGCCCAGCCCUUGAAUACACGGCAACAACACGCCGUCAGAGAGAGGCAGAGACGCAGAGAGACUGGCUGUGUGUCGGGGGGAGCAGAGGAGCCUUCGACGCUGCGGACAUGAACUGAACAGAGACACUGAAGAGGCAGCGAGCGUGUUUUAUACCCCGACUGUUUACUGUAAAGGUGGAAAUCCAGCCCCCACAAGCCCUCCUGUCUCCCUCACAGCCCUCACUGAGCUACACCCAAAGCCCCGACCGACCCCCUCCUGCUCCCGCUGCUCCACCCCUCCGCCGCUGCACCGCUCCGGCAACCGAGAUGCACACGGAGACCCGUAACAAGAAAUGCCAGUCGACUCCUAAGCAGAAGAAGAGUGCCGGCGGCGCCCAGAAGAAGCAGAGGAGCUCGACCAAGCAGAGCGCCCUGACGCACCAGCAGCCGCCGCCGCCGCCAUCGUCAUCGCCGCCGCCGGAGGAAGAGGAGAAGGAGGAGGAGCCGGCGACCAGACCUCGGCCGCCGCAGGAGGAGGACGAGGAGGAAGCAGGCGAGGAAGAGCGAGAGGAAGUGGCGACACAGUCAGUGAAGAAGAAGAAGGAGGAGGAGGAGGAGGAGGAGGCCGAGGCAGACAUGCCCUCUGUACAGAUCAAACCGGAGCCAGAGGAGAUGGAGUGCACGGCAGACGUAGGCGACGACUGUUCGCAGCCCACAGACCUGAAGGUGAAGACGGAGCCGGCGGUGUGUAAGACGGAGCCCUCCUCACCCGAGCCGUGCGCCGCCGAGGACCAGACCGAACCCGUCGACCUCUCGCUCAACAAGCCGCGCUCCUCUUCACACCCGUCUUCUACGGCGAGCACCACGGUCAACCCUGCGCCCAGCGGCCUGGUGACCCAGCCCAGCCUGUCGGCCACACCGGUCCCCUCAACGGUACAAUCGAUAGGCUCCAUGGUCCUCUCUCCAGGCUCCAUCUUGGCCACUCAGGGCGCCGGCGGCCAGCAGAUCCUCCACGUCAUCCACACGAUCCCCUCGGUCAGCAUGCCCAGCAAGGUGGGGCAGCUGCAGACCAUCCCCGUGGUGGUGCAGUCGCUGCCGGUCGUCUACACCACCAUGCCUACCGAUGGCGUCGCCACGGCGGCCAUCACAGUGCCGCUCAUCGGCAGCGACGGGCGCUCAGAAGGAUCAGUUCGCAUCAAGCCGGGUUCGACGUCUCCGGUGGAGUAUCAGAGUGACAGCGAUGCAGAGAGCGGCACCGAGUCUGGAUCAGCUUCCCUCAGCGCCCAGAGCCUUGACGCAGGGUCGGUCAUGGACCUGGAGCCAGUGGAUCCAGACUCACCGGACAUCAAGAGAAGGCGGAUCCACAUGUGUGACUAUGAAGGCUGUAAAAAAGUUUACACCAAGAGCUCGCACCUCAAAGCCCACAGGAGGAUACACACAGGUGAGAAGCCGUACCACUGUACCUGGGAGGGCUGCACCUGGCGCUUCGCCCGCUCCGACGAGCUGACUCGACAUUUCCGCAAGCACACGGGGAUCAAACCUUUCCGCUGCACCGAGUGCGACCGCUCCUUCUCCCGGUCUGACCACCUGUCCCUGCACCGCCGCCGCCACGUCAUGAUGUGAACUGACCCCCUCCCUCCCCCCUCCCCCUUCUCCCCCCUCCCCCUUCUCCCCCCCCUUCACAGCACAUCCAGUACCAGUGAACCUACUUCCUGUUUCAGGAUGUGAAGCCCAUCAGCGGACAAACACACAGCACCUCCUCUUCCUCCACCUCCUCCUCCUCCUCCUCUUCCUCCUCCUCCACCUCCUCCUCCUCCUCUUCCUCCACCUCCUCCUCCUCUUCCUCCUCCUCCA